AUGACAGCAACCCACAUACGCUACGGAAAAUUCGAUGGAAAACCGGCAUGUCUUGUCGUUGUCCAAUUCGACUUUAUUCCCACCUAUCAAACCCGCUUCAAAUAUAUUGAAAUCGAGCUCAAGAUCGUGCGAGGAGCUGGGUCCUCGAUUAUCACCUACCAGCCCCAUUCAUGGGAGGGUAAAGCUGGUGCGCUACCGGUCGAACAGACGUCUAAGUUCGGCAGUCAAGUGGGCGGUUCUGGUGGCGGUGCAACAGCAGGUCUAGACACAGGGUACGAGAGGCGUACGGAACGUACUGAGAUCAAGAAGGCACGGAUCUUUUCAGUGCUCGAGGAUUCGACGGUGAUGUGGCGUCUCAGCGAGAACGAUGUGACUCGAGAGGGAGUUCCGAACCCCUUUCGAGCAGCUCUUAUCGUUGAGACGGACGGGAAAUUCUCGAUUCGAGUUAAGUAUGAAGCGAACAUGUCUAGGUCUGUGGACCCGAGGUCCUGGAGAUCAGCCCAUGCGAGACUCACGGAGCCGUUGGAUCUGAGCCAAAGCUCUGUUGGACAAGGGGUGGGUCCUGUCGUGGUAGGCAUAGAUGAGAUGGAGAAAGGCUCGUUCAAUCUUUCUGACUUUGCGCUGACUGAGUGGGACCUGUAA